CAGUGAUUUAUUUUUGUAUUUUUUUAUGUAGGAGGCUGGAUGCUUCCUUUGUGGUCUACAAUGCACUAUGAAGCUCUAUUGAUAUUAAGAAGAAUCUUUUAGCGUGGCACAAUAAUGGCUGAGUCAAAUGAUGAUCGGACUCAGCCUGUGCCUAAUAAUGCUGUAAAUGCACCGCAAACGUCCUAUCGUGAUCCAUCUGCGGCACCAUUGAGGAAACUAAGUGUUGACCUUAUAAAGACGUACAAGCAUAUUAACGAGGUGAGCCCCUGGAAUGUUAUUAUCAGAGUUCAAUAUAAUUCUGAAAACUUGUCUGACAUUGUGUCAGACCACCCCAUGUUUUGGUCGGACACGAUCGGCACUUAAUUAUUCUCAAGAGGGACAUUGUCAGUUGUCACAGUACUAGAAACCGAAACCGUAACAACUACCAAAAGUCCAAAACCAUAUGCAUAAUGGUUAACAAAAUUACACAAUAUCAACGACAACUUACUCAGUAACAGUAUUUAUCACAUACUUGUACCUUUAUCAGGUAGGAAGCAGCGGGACAUAAAAACGAUAUCGUCCCGGAUAUCGUUUUUUGUCCCGGAUAUCGUUUUUUGUCCCGGAUAUCGUUUUUUGUCCCGCUAAAUUUCGCGCCUUGUCAAAACAAAGAUGGCCGACUCGAAGUUCGUGUUGGUUUCGAAGUUCGUUUCGACAGUUUUAUCGAAGGAAACAAGAACGAUAAUACAAAACGAAAGAAUUAAAUUGUAUAUUAUUUAUAUGAAUGGUCUAUUUAUUUUCUAAAAUCAUAUUUGUUCAGUAAAUGAUCAAUUUUUUUGAAUUCUAAAAUAAUCCUAUUUUUUCAAAACUGUUUACUUUUGGGUGUCAAACCCUGAUAAAGGUACAAGUAUAUAAUAAAUAGGUUAUCGUACUCGGGAUUCGGUGAUAUCAGUUUUAUCGCUCUCGGGAUGAUAUCACAAUUGUCCCUCGCUCGCUCGUGACAAUUGUGAUAUCAUCCCUCGAGCGAUAAAACUGAUAUCACCUCAUCCCUUAUAUGAUAACCUAUACAUAUAUAUAUAUAUAUAUAUAUAUAUAUAUAUAUAUAUAUAUAUAUAUAUAUAUAUAUAUAUAUAUAUAUAUAUAUAUAUAUAUAUAUAUAUAUAUAUAUUAAUAUAUAUAUAUUAAUAUAUAUAUAUUAAUAUAUAUAUUAAUAUAUAUAUAUAUAUAUAUUAAUAGACGCAGUUGUUUUAAUAAUUGACGAGAUGACAUUGUUAUUAUGUGGAUCGGGACGAAGUCAGAUUCUAUGAUUGUUCAGCAGAUGGAAUCUUUGUUUGCAUGUGUUAAAGAUUACAGAUUUUGUUAAAAAUAUUUUCAACAAUAAAGGAAGAAAUAUUCAAAUUAAUGAGACAAAACGGUCGGCCAUAAUGACCGUGCAGAGUAAUCAGUAGACGGCUAUAUCAGCAUUUUGGCCGACCGUUAUAUUGAGCCCUGGUUAUUAUAUCCUCAUUUGCAACAAUACAAAAAUAUUUUCUCCAAAAGUGAAGUGAAGUGACUUUCAGCAGGGUGGCCCAUUCAGCUACAAAGGCUGGUAUCGAGGAUAUGGCCCUGCAAAGAAUUUCGUUCACCUAUAAAAAAUUCUCUAGAAAUCUCGAAAAAAUCGAGGAAGAAUCCCAGAGUGAUACAUCCCUCGGGUGUAAUCUUUGCGUGGGUAAAUAUCGAGAACCUAUACCUAAUUCAUCAGGUCUACACUGAAAGCAACAGUGAGCUCUCUCUGUCCUAAUUACAGUUAUCAGUGCAAACAUAUACAUAAUCUCCAUACAAUUAUAUCAAAGCAGUCAGUGCAGAAACACGCGAGGUAAUGUGCAUACAGCUAUUUCAUUAAAGUUGUCCCCGAGCAAAGCGGAGAAGUCGAAAAAGAGCGCGAAAGGCUUGCUGGGAAUUGCUAAAAAAUUCAUUAAUUUUUUAGCGAUUCCCAGCAGCCUUUCGCGCUCGUAUUCGACUUUUCCGCUUUGCUCGGGGGCAACUUUAAUUGAAAUAUAUCACUUGAACAAUUAUAUCAAAGCGGUCCAUGCAGAAAACACCCGAUGCGUGAAAAACGCGAGAGAAAACGCGAGGAGCUACUACGCCGCUUAUCUGAUUAGUAUGUUCCAUAUGUUGCUGGGACAGCUGUUUGUCAACAGAAGUCGUCGGUUGGCAAGCUGACCACCGCUAAGAGCUAUUAAUAACAGUCUUUUGCAUUUUAAAUAAGUUAUUUGAGUGGAUAUACUUACAUUUUUUAAAUUUCUUAUCGCAGUGAUGUUUUAGAUGAAAGGUACUGUCCAUGCAACUUAUGUAUGGAACACAUUGAACAUAACAUGUAACAGCAAUGUCAUUAAAUAUUUACCUAUUUUUCAUCGAGUUUUCAAAUACAAGUAUCGAUAUGUGAACGUUCGAAAAAGUGAUAAUACUUCCACAACAAGAUCAGAAUGGGUCGUUCCAGAAAAGAUCCACACUCCCCCCACGGAGGAAAUUUCUGCCGUCCGGAGGGGGAGGGGAGAAAAAAUUGUUUCUGAUUAAUAGUAAAUGUAUUAGGACAUCCGAAGGGGUAGGGGGGUAACUGGCAAUUUCCUCCGUGAGGGUGGUAUGGAUGUUUUCUAGAAUGACCCAAUCGCGUAUAUUUUUGAAAGGAGGUAGCGUUUCAGUUAUAUUCUAAUUCAUUUCAAUGCAAUUUUUGCUGCGAUUUCUAGUGCGAUUUUCUUCUUCUGAUGCACGUGAACGAGUAGAUGAGUAAUGAAUGUUCUGAGUUUAUGUACCUUCAUUUCAACAUUCAUAAUUCAUCCACUCGUUCACAUCCAUCAGAAGAAGAAGAUCGCACUAGAAAUCGCAGCAAAAAUUGCAAGUGUAAACGGGCCUACAGAAUUUCCAGGUUAUAUCUCUAGGUUGACUAUUUUCUUCCUGAUCUCCUAUUAACAAGGCCUUAGAGUUUUUUCUGAUGUAUUAAUUUUUUAUGCAGGUGUAUUAUGCAAACAAGAAAAGAAAGAAAGCAAACGAACAAGGUGGUCACAAGAAAGAGAGAAGGUUGUAUAACAAUGGUUAUGAUGAUGAGAAUUAUGAUUACAUCAUACGAGCUGGAGAGAUGAUUUCAGAACGUUAUAAGAUCGAUUCUCUAAUUGGAAAAGGUUCUUUUGGACAGGUAUACUUCUUAUUCCUUGGGUCAUUCCUAUUAGAUUAACUUGUACUUUUAUCCCUAAACCAUGUACUUUUAUUUUCCUGAUUUAUACCAGACUAACCAGAGACGGAUUGUCAAAACGUAUCAUCUGUCUGACAGACCACCCAUGUUAAUAUAAAAACACGGCGAAUUCUCCAUUUAAACUUGCUAAAAUACCACGAUCAGAUUAUUUGAAUAAAUUAUGCUUGGUAUUUUCUUGAUAGUUAGGAAAAACAUGGAUAAUUAUUUUAGCUACAUGUAGUGACUGAUUAAAACGCAAAUUUGAAUCUUUUAUGUGACUUGCUGAUGCUGAAACCAUCUUGUCGGGCUAUUGCAAUUUCCUGAUGCGUGCUUUUGUUGUUGGCAUGUGGGGGAACCCUGUUCAUGUGAUAUUUUGUUUUUAUGUAACAUAUAGGUAUGUAAAGCAUAUGACCUUCACGAAAAAGAAUUUGUUGCAAUUAAAAUUAUCAAGAAUAAGAAAGCUUUCUUGGAUCAAGCUCAGAUUGAAGUCAAACUACUGGAACUAAUGAACCAAAGUGAUCCUGAAGGGAAAUAUUAUAUUGGUCAGUGACAUUCAAAGAAUAUUUCAUAUUUGAUAUUGUAUAGUGUACGGAUUAUAGUUAGUUGUGAUCUUUCGAAUGAGUAACGUGAUAACUCUACUCAUCCAAUCUAAAUUUGAAGUUUUAAGAUGACAUCGUACCGUUAUGCACUCCUUGAAGUCUGCAGCACGUUCUCCCCUUGAAAAAGUCGUUUACUUCGGUUUAACAAAAUCCCCAUAGUUUUUGGAGCAUUAUUUAUAAAUAUCUUAUCAUUGUUAACAUCGCAUCGUUAGGAAAUCUUCGAGAGUGUUCGUACAGUAUUCACAGAUACUUGAUGUACUUGAUGAUCUGUUAAUGAUAAUUUCUUACCUAGAUAUAAUGGUUUUAUAAUUGUACUUCCACGUCAAACCACGUGUCAUCAAACAUUACAAACAUUUGAAAUGAUGAAAAUAUUUUUACUAUUGCACGAAUGAAAACAUUGUUUGUUUUAUAUAACACCAAAGUAAAUCAAUGGUAUCGAUACCUGAGUUGCAUGCUGUACAAUGUUUAAUAUCUAACAAAUAUGUCGCAAAAUAUUUGAGUGAAGAGUUAAUAAAAAUAAUAUUUUUAAUGAUUUUUACACCCGCCAUAGUGCUGUGCAAACUCCGGGUUUUUCGGCUCCAGGCAAAAAAAACUCCAGCAGAAAAUUUCCAGCUCCGGCAAAUUCGUGAAAAUUCGAAAUUUAAUGGAAAUUUCAAAGUGGAAGCACUAGUUUUGUUUUUGGGUUAUCAUUCCAUGUUUCGCGCAACAAUAUAGGUUAGUGUUAGGGGUUAGGUAUUAGGGUUAGGGGUUAGGUUAGGGUUAGGGGUUAGGUUUAGGGUUGGGGUUAGGGUGUGUUAUAUGUGUAUGGAGGUAUCUAGUGAACUUUUCAGUACACUAUAAUAUCCGUUACAUAACGUUUACUAUAUUGGUGCGCGAAACAUGGAACGAUUACCUGUUUUUGAUUUUAACACUUCGCAUGAACAUUUCGUACUAUGUUUGUGGCAAGCCUACGCAGUAUAAAUGCGAGUAUUUACUUUUUCGUUGAUGAAUUCAGGUUUUUUCGCCGAUGUUCGACAGUAGUUUGCAUCACAAAUAAGUGCUUCAGGAGUUUUGCCUGAGUUGAACAAACUCCGGCAAAAUAGGCCAAAACUCCGACGCACAGCAGUAACCCGCCAUUUUGUUUCGAACAAAUUAUGCACAUAAAUUUAAUUCCAUCGGUCGAAGAUUUGGAUUUAUACAUGACCUACGAUUAGGAUACGAUUAAGAUUUUGACGGAUGGUAUUUACUGGAAACCAAACCGUGAUUUUUUGUACUUUACGUUUUGUUCCAUUGCACUGCUGAGCGUGCGUACAAUGUUUAAAAUUUGCGUAUUUCAAAAGGGAAAUUGAUAGGUCUUUGGACGUCGAACUCUAAAUUACUAUAUACAUAUAACAUUUUGAAGCCGUUUAUAUGAAAGCUGAUUAGCUCAUUUACUAUUAACAUGACAAAAUUACUGGAUGCUGAUUGGUUGAGAGGAGUACAAUUAUUUCAUUAAUUGUACUGCAGUAUAAUUAAUGAUUUUCCCAAAACAAACAAAAUGGCGGAAAGGUAUUUUAAACACAGAUGUGAAAUGAAAUUGCCCUAGAGGAACUAGAUGAAAAUACGAACAAAAGCACCAAAUUUUGCUUGAACAAAAGAACUAAAUGAAAAUACGAACAAAAGCACCAAAUUUUGGUUGAAUGUCUGGAAGGACUGGACUUUGACGAGAGAAUAUAAUGUUGACAUUGAGAAGUAUCCAAUUUUGUCAUGCUAAUAAUAAACAAGUAAUCAUGCGACGUUGCUCGUAUAAUUAGGGAUUAAUAGUACUCGUGAUGUUUCCAAACAUCACUCGUACUAUUAAUCCCUAAUUGUACUCGCCAUCGCAUGAUUACCUAUAUACGAAACAUAAAUUAACACAAAAAACAAGGAGGAAAUUCGUUCGAAUUUACAUUUUGGCUCUUGACCAAUCAGAUUACGUAAAAUUUAAAAACAUCAACAAAGUCUUUAUUUUUUAAAUUUCACGUAUUUUGAUUGGUCGAGAGCCAAAAUGUCAACAAACGUGCUAAUUGACCCAGAACGAAAUUCUCCCUUUUUAGCGUAUUAAAAUCUUAUAGCAAACUUUUUUCAGCGUCUGUAUAAAUUUUAAAAUUUAUUUCCAUAUAUUUUGGGGGAAUAUUUGAGAUUUUAUUUUCAAGAGUUUGAAACAAAGAAGCAGAAGUGCCAAACGUAACUGUGGGUUAGGUUGAAUGCAGAACAAGUUUGCAAAAUAUUGGGGGUGCGAAUUAACGUUUGCCAGUAUACAUGACCCUUCUGUUGCUGAAAUUGAAGUGUCCUAUGCAAUUGAUCAUGAGAUAAUGUGAUUAAGUAUGUCUAGUUUCAUGGUCUAAGAUUUUCGUUUCUUUUAUAGUGCGCUUAAAGAGGAAUUUCGUUUACCGGAGCCACCUUUGUCUGGUGUUUGAACUUUUAUCCUACAACCUUUAUGAUCUACUGCGGAAUACAAACUUCCGUGGUGUAUCACUGAACUUAACGAGGAAAUUUGCACAACAAAUGUGUACAUCUUUGCUAUUCCUAUCUCAAGCUGAUCUUGGCAUUAUACAUUGUGACCUAAAACCUGAGAAUAUUCUAUUGUGUAACCCGAAGAAAAGUGGGAUUAAAAUCGUCGACUUUGGUAGUUCUUGUCAAAUUGGACAGCGGGUAAGUUGCAUUUUCAUUCGCAAAGUUCCAUUUUUCAUCCGCAUUGCCCAGUAGAAUAAUUGAUGCAGUGGCAAUACAUUUAGGCAAACAAUCUGCCAGGUAAUAACCGAAUGGAAUAUAAUACCAUGUCCGUGAUUCUAAUUUUAGUAAUAUAAUAAAAUCUAAUAGUGUACUUUUCUAUGAUAAUUUUGUCGAAGAUAUAUCGCCAUGAUAAAGCUUCCAAAUUAAUGUUUUCAUAAUCGUAAUCGCAGUAAAUUUCAAAGUUUAAAAUUGUUACAUCCCUACUUUUACAGCCCUGGCCAUGUAGGCCGGUAUUAAGGAAAAUUGCUGACUUGCUGUACAAUAAAUUUGGUUAUUUUUCAUUUUGAAAAUUGUUUGGCGAACUGGAUAACUGCUUUACAUUGUACUGAACACCUGAAUUUGCAGAUAAAAUAACCUAACAGUAACUUUUUUAAAACUUUCCACCCCCCCCACCGCACCACUUUUGCACACACACACCCCACACACACACACACACAAUAUGUAUAGGUUAACGCUUGCAAAAGCACGGAAUUAUUAAGGCUUACUGUAUGUUUUUAAAGUCAUAUCAGUGUCAUUCUCUGAAAAAUCCCACUGAUGAAAGGCCUGAACUUCAGUCUUGAUUUUCUGCACUUUGGAAAAAAAACUUGGUCAACAAUCCUCCUGACAGUUUUUUGCUCAUCCUCCCUUUUUUUAACCAACCCUUUUACAGUCAAACACCCUCCUCCAUUAUUAAAAGCAUUUCCCCCCCAUACUGUGCUAUAAUACUGUGUUAGCUUGUUGAAUUGAAUGGUACCACAGCACUGUAAGUCCGGCAGCCCGCAGCCAGGCAAUAUUUUGAAAAACUAAACUGUUGGGCAAGAUUUGCACAUCAAAUUAAAGUUACAUUUUCUUAUUUCAUAAAAUAAAGCCUAAUCCGAAACCAAUGUUAACCCUUGCCCUAGAAAGUCAAAAUUAGCAAAAACUUCGCAAGAUCAGUUGAUCAUAUACGGGGCGAGAGGUUUCCAUUAAUGUAUUUCUAGUUUAACCUGGACUGUGAAAACAUUAAGUAAUGUAUUAUAUAGUAAACAGCCCUCGAAAAAAAGUCAAAAUUGAGGUCCGACCUAAUUGUGAGUAUGUGACCCAGGUCGGCACCUCUCGGCAUUUUUUUAGAUCGGACAUUAUCUCCGGCAUUGUAAUUUCGAAGCCGCAGCAACCACUAUAGUAACAUAAUCCAAAUUUCCCACGACCGUUUUUUUAAUAUUCCUACGGCUGCUUAUUAGUUAUUCGACAAACUUCGCAAUUUCCCUGACUGUACUAGGGACGAAUUACAAGCUGCGAACAAGGCAAGGAAUAACGAACGAACACGAUGGUUUUUUGAACUGCUGGCGGCAGCUGAACAGAUGGUUCUACUGAGAAGAACUGGAUUGAGGUCGACUAAAAAUUGCCGGCCUCAAACGUUGACAGAUCGAUAUUGAUAUCGGCUUUGCCGAAUGCCGACCUCGUUUUCGAGGGCUGAGUAAAUAUAUUAAGGUUACAGGACACCCUUUUUGGCGUUUUGCGGAAAAUCGCUACUGCGCGCUCAAUAUCAGUCCGAUUUUCAUAAAAUUUUCACCAAAUGUUCGCCAGUGCAUGCAAAAUAUGAUAAAGUUAUAAAAUUAACAAGCAAUAAAAUAAUGUAAGAAUUAUUCAGGAAAAUCUUAAAUCGCUGUACCGUUGCGCUUUUGAGUUGUGCUCCUGCUGGUUUUAAGUUAUAUUUAUGAAAAUAUCAUUUUUAAACAGUAAAAUAGUUGUUCUAAAAAAUUGUGUUUGGAAAUUUUUGUUUAUUUUGUCAUUCCGCUGAUAUGGCGAUUUCUUUGACUACUGCAAUAUAUUUCUGAAUUGUUUGAGUGAAUUGCUCUUUAUUAUUAAAAUAUCCAAAAUUAGAACAAAGCCGAACACAAUUUUGAAACUGACGUCUUUAGCUAUGUCCUGUGAAAAUUUGAGAAAAAUUGGUCAAAACCCGCAGGAGCACAACUCGUUUGAAAAUCAGUAAUUAUCGUAAAAUUCUUCGGGAGAAAAUUGAAGUUGAAUAUUACAUUUCCAAUGUUUUUCUUAUUGCAGCGAAAUGUAUUUUAUUAAAUAACUCUGCGAGUUUUCAACAUUUUUCGUUCAAACUUGGUCAGAUAGUAGAACUAGUCUAAUGCUUUCAUGGAAACCAACAAAAAAAUGUUAGGCAAAAUUAACCCUCAAAGGUGUUCUGUAACCUUAACUAUAUUAUUUACAGUGUUUUACGUUUAUAAUAGUAUCAAUUAUAUUGUUUUCGUUUUAUUGGCUGAUGUGCUGCCAUAUUCUCAUUCUGAACUCUUUCUUUUUACUCGUUCUGGUUUGUGAAUUUAAAGAAAGAGAAAUGUGGAUAACGGAAUUUUAAUGAGCUGAGAACAAAGCUUGUUGUUUUAAUCACUUUGAAGCACAUGGUGAGACAAGGACUUAAUCCAACCAUACAUAAUUUAUGUGUUUGCUGGCUUCGUUUGCUGGCUUCGUUUGCGACGAGGGCAUGCUAUAUACCUUCACGCUGUGCAUGUGUAAAUUGUGCUUCAUCGUUCGCAAAUUAUCGAUAAGUUGUCGAAAACAUAAGUACUGUACAGUGUGGACAAAAUGCAAAACAAAGAAAUGCAGUAAAGUGUGCGAUAUGGGCCUAGAUUUAGAGAAUAAAGGCCUUUAUUAUGAAAGUUCUCUGUAAAAUGGGUUUAUUCUAAAUUUUGACAUCUUGUGGAUUAAUGUCGAGUGUAAUAAUAUAUACAUAUGCAAGAUUAAAGCGGGAGCAGUUGAGAAAUUACACCUAUUGACCAUUUUACCUAAUAAAUAACCCAAGAAUUUGCUUAUAUGAUGAAAGAAAUAGAGAUUUUUAUGGGAAGUGCUGAUGUAUGGUAUUUUCACACGCGUUAAUUUGUUUUCACAAAGCGAACGAGCGAAUGCAAUGAGCGAGUGGGUUUUGUGAAAACUAAUUAACAAGUGCGAAAAUGCAAUACAAAAGACGUCACAGGAACAAAUUUGUUUAUAUUAUAAAUAAUGGGUUUUUCUUCCGGUGAAAGGUCCAAUCACAAGACAAAAUUAACGAUUUUAGUACAGAAUCUGUACUAGACACCUGAUUGGAGGAGGUUUUUAAAUAUAGAAGAACUGACAAGAAUUGCUUCAGCUUGCAUCAAAAUCUUACAUUAAGACAGGGUCAUAUAUCACUGUGCAAAUAUUCAGGGCUUUUUCAGGGAUUUUUUAGGGCCGUUAAACGGCCCCAAAAACUCAAUCUUGAAUUGAGUUUUGAAACUCAAUCUUCUCACCAAAGUUUCAGUGCAGUAAAAAUGAAGUUGUUUGAGUUAAAUUCGUGACGUGUGGAAAUUAGUUUUCAGUUGGAAACCCGACAAUUAAGAAAAAAUGGCUGGAAUUCAUCUCACAAUGUUCAGAAGAAAAACUAUGCAUUCGCCAUCUUUAACCAGUUUAUAGUGUCCCUUAGUGCCCCUGCUUUAACACAUUCCGUCUCAACUACAUUUAUUGAGUACAGGUGUGGCCGGUGGAAGUGCCAGCCACCCCAGCUGUUCAGCUAAACUCAAUCUUCUCUGCAAAAACGGACCCAAGAGAAAAUCCUGGAAAAAACCCUGAUAUUGUAUGGUUUUAUGAACUGAUAACUUGGUUAUCGAUACGCUCCGUUAGAUAAGACUGGAAUUAGUUGGGGGAUGGUAUAAAAGCUGUUUACGACCAUCAGAGCUAUUGGACGUCACUGGCCGCCAUCUUGGGUUCACUUUUCUCAUCAGGCCGAAUGACUGAAUUUCUUACUCCAGAUAUAUAUGGAGCUCACUGGUUUAGCUUCCCCUCUGCGCCUCUCAUCUUAGUUUCCCUUCCUUCUCAAAAACCGUUUAACACCCUGAAAACUAGCUCUGGCACUCACGGUAUCAUGAGAAUUUGAAGCAGAAAAAUCACAUUUGGCCGUUAUUACUCGACGGUUAACAUUACGAUGACGGCAUCUUAUUUACAUGUAUGUUUACCAAACUUAAAUAUUUCGAAAAGAAAAACAUUGAAACACUGUGAGAUAGGGAUGUAUCGGAUACUGUUUUACCGGUUACUGGUCAGGGGAAAUGAUAACCGCAUGCUGAUGGUGGUACUUGGACAUUACUUCCCUAUUGUCUCCAAUAUAAAUUUAGCCCAUUGUUUAGUAUGUGCUUUGUCUCUUCAUGUAAUAAGCAUAAAUAUUUCUGGCGCAGGCACGGGCGGGCAAUCUACAGCAGAAAGCAGUUUACAACAUUCUCUGCAUGCCCAGUAAAUUAUUCCUGCUCUACAAUUUCUUAAUAAUGCACAUAAAAGACAUGAAUCAUUUUUCGGUUUCAUAGUUCCAAUAAAAGUUCUAGUACUAUCUGGUAAAUAUCCGACAAAAUUUUACAGGAUCCUACUGUGAAAUAACUUGCAUUCCUAUUUUGAUAGUUAUUUUCAACCAGAUAAACUGAAGUAUUGUUCUGAUGUUUGGGUUUUUUCGUUUUAGAUUUAUCAUUAUAUCCAAAGUCGUUUUUACCGUUCACCAGAAGUUCUACUUGGCAUUCCUUACGACAUGGCAAUUGACAUGUGGAGUUUGGGAUGUAUCUUAGUAGAAAUGCACACUGGGGAACCCUUGUUCAGUGGAGCAAAUGAAGUAAGUUGUAAAAUAAGGAAUUGUUGUAGCCAUUGUUUUACCACCAAAGAGGUUUAGAUUUGACUUGGUAGACGACCACGAACAACAAACUUCGUCAUCGAAAACCUUAAGGAGUCGGUGUUUUUUUCACCUUGGAUGCCGCCCGUACAAAAUUGAACUGUUAAAAUAGCGACAGCCUUUGUUGCUUGAAAUGACCAAUGUGAGGUGAAACUAAAUCCGUUGGAGACACAGAGAGGCUUUAAAAAACGUCGAUUCUGAUAACGGUCGCUUUGUCCGCGCGGGUGUCAACAUUUUCCAGUUUGUUUUAGUUCCCGCGUGCGCGCCACAACUACAUUCAACGUCUUAAAAUUGCAUAUCCGCAUGACGUAAUGGCAAUGUUUGAACAUAAUAUGUUGCAGAAAUUUCUUGUCAUGAUUGCAUCACGAUUCAUGAGCCAAAAUUGCAUCACGAUUCUUAAGCCAUUCUGCGAAGUGGUUUCUCAGAGCUGAAUAUAUUCCGUGUUUUAUAGUUUGACCAGAUGCAGAAGAUUGUGGAAGUGCUGGGUAUUCCUCCUCGGCAUAUCUUGGAUAACGCUCCGAAAGCUAGGGCGUAUUUUGAUCGCCAUUCGGAUGGUAGUUAUGUACCAAGGAAAACAAGUAAAGAUGGUAAAGUAAAGAAAGUAAGUAUUGUACAAAUCCACUUAUAUCACACGAAUAGACGGAUCCACGGGAGGUGCGCACCCCUCCUAAUGGUUUCCAAAAUUUCAACAUUUUUCUGGGGGAGCAUGACCCCGGAUGCAGGGCUUUCAGAAUUAUUCGGAGUAGGUGUCUGUUUCGAUAAAGUAGGCGGCUGUUGGGAGGGGGCAGUAUACAGGGUGUCUAAAAAAAAACGCUAAUAUGGAAAUUCAACAGGCUGUCGUGCAUCAUAAACGUGGCUAGACAAUUCAUUUUUUACAUAGGACGAAAGAACAGUUAUUUAGCUUUUCAAUGAUACUCUUUUUAAAUCGUAACGAUGAGAAAUGGCCACAUACUCGUCAAUUAAAAAUUGCCGGUCGAAAUCACAUUCUUCCACCUUUGGGAAUUGCAUGGAAAACGAAACAUAGACAAUUCCCAAGAGUCAAUUAAAAUUGAAUGUUACUACGCAUUUUUCAUUUUUUCUCGCUAAUACUUCUGUCAUUCAAGACAAGACAGUGACUAUUUAUAUUAAGGAGGCUCCAUACACUUUUCAUCAUCGGGGGACUGGUACCUAAUCUUGAGUUUUCGCGCGAAAAUAUUACAAAUAUAUGCAAAAAUAAAUACAACUUUUUCAGUCUAAAAUCCGAACCACAAAUCAUGUUUAUUUUGAUGUUUCGAGUCUUUUUUGUUCUCACUUGUUCUCAAAGAACAAACUUCGUCCUGAUUUAGCCCUGAACAUUGAAUAGCUAGUCGUUUUAGAAGACAUUUUAAGGAGUAAAAAAUGCAAUGUUUAAUUAACGUUCGAACUCUUGUGAAAACCGGCGAUCGGCCCGACCGGCGAAACGUUUUUUACUCCAAUAUUUGGCUAUUUAUAAGUUCAUAUCCAGAGUUUUUUGUACUUACAACUGGUAAAUGUACUCAAAGUGUCACUAACAGCAAAGGAAUCCAGUCAAACAGCAUCAUACGCCGGCUCAAACUGUUUUAAAUUGUCAACAACAACAUGAAAACACACAAGUUACGAGUUGAAGACGAAUAUAACUAUGUAUACAGAAGCCAAAAAGUUCAUACAUGCCACACAUAUCUUAUACCAAACGACACAAUCGCCUGUUUCAUGGCGUUAUCCCGAGUUAGCAUGCAAAACUAAAUAUAUUUGCAAUCUAAGCAAGAAAACACAACAUAUAUUUGAUAUUUCGACGAGACUAAAAACUUUUUUGUGCGUGUUAUCCUGGAGAUGCGCCUGCGAAAACAUGUACGCGCAUGUCAAUUCAUUGAUCUUGCAGAGCUCCAAAAACGUUCGGCCGAGCGAGUGAGAUACCACAAUAAAACGGCGUAAUUCAAAAUUUUGCACGGUGACAUGUGAUGAAAUUUUGCACAACGAUAACUUCUUUUAAAACAAAUAGAAUAUCAAAAUUUUAAAAAAAUCUGUAGAUUGGAAAACUUUAAAUCCGCAAUUUUUUAUUCUGGCUGUUCUAAUCUACAGAAUUUUUUUUAUUUUCAGGGAUAAGAUUCCUUAUUAUAAGUGAAAGCUAUACAGCAGUUAAAAAUUGGGGGUCACCGGCAAUAUUCGGAAAAUAAAGAAUAAAAACCUGCUUAAAAUAGCAAAAAAUACCAUAUUUGGCGAGGCUACUGUUACUAUGGAAACAAUAUUAUGUUCAAGAGUAUUGCAAAUUUUUUCUACCAAAUACUUAAUUUAUACUUGGGAAUGCUUAAAAUUAAUAGAUGGAGUGAUAAAAUUUAUAAAUUGAAAUUUUUACGCAAUAAGGUAUUUAUACUACGGAACUGUAUGGAGCCACCUUAACUUCGGAAAAUUCAAACUUGAAAAGGCGCCAAAUUUUGUAACCAGGCCUGCGUCGAACGUCGACCGUCGAACGCCGUUCGGAAGCGAGAAAAAAUGGGAAUGCACAUAUCAGUGAAAUGCGUAGUAAGUUAUCUGAAAAUUAGCUCGUCAAUCUUCGUCUUAGUGAGACAACACGAAGUCCAUUAUUGCGUUAAACAUGGUUCAAUUAACCACUAAACAGAGAACAUUCGUAGUAAUCAAAACGUUUUACGAAACAAAAACCUUGCAGCAGGCUCGCGUUGCUUUUGGAUUGAUUAACUUUGCAUAAUUGAUGUAUUUUCAAUUCCCAACGGUGGAAGAAUAUGAUUUUGACCGACAAUUUUUAUUUGACAAGUAUGUGGCCAUUUCUUCAGUAUCGUUACGGUUUAAGAAAGGUAUCAUAAAAAAGCUAAAUAACAGCUCUUUCGUCCGAUGUAAAAAUUGAAUUGUUUAGCUAAGUUUAUGGCGCACGAGAGCAAGUUGAAUUUCCAUAGCGGUUUUUUUAUACACCCUGUACAUCUAGGGAGUCUUAAAAGUCAUCCAAAUUAACUAGUGCAUGUAUAUUGCUACAACUGAACUCUGUAACCAAAUUAUAAUGUAUCACUACUUUCAUUCUUCAACAAGAUGACUUCAAAAUUUACGAUGGCAAAUAAAUAAUCGGUUUUAAGAAAAGUACGUCGUUUUCGAAAAUAACCAGGCUAUAAAGUAGACCAGGUUGAUGAAAAAUAACUUGAAAGCUUAGAAUGGAGGAAGGAGAGCAAGAUUGAUUUUCAAGUACUAAAGAAAGUAACCGGCGGUAAACCUCGUGGCACCCGCCGGCUUAUUUUGAAAGCUCCCAUCAGGAAAAACUCCACUCCUAUUAACAAAUGAGGCCAUUCCGCCCUUGUCUGGUAUGGACGAAACUGAUAUAUUUAGUUCCGACCUCAUAGCUCAGGUUGCAAAGCGUAGGACCGAGCCAAAGGUCGCGGGUUCGAUUCCCACAAUUUCGAACGGUGGGUGCCAGUCUAAGUAGCAAUUAUUCAAACUGCGAGAAUUGAAAUUAAAGAUUGAAAUAAAAAAAAAAGAAUUAACUUCGACGUUUCGAGCAAAGGCCCUUCGUGGACGCUACUAGCCUUCACGCAGAUAGGCCGACACAUUAAUUUUGAAUACGUUCUAUGUUUUAGGAUUAUGCUCCACCUGGUUCACGAAAACUUCACAAUGUCUUAGGAUGUGAUUCUGGAGGUCCCGGUGGUCGUCGCGCAGGUGAUCAAGGUCACACAUAUCAAGAUUACAUUAAAUUUCGAGACUUAAUACUGCAAAUGUUGGAGUACGAUCCCAAACAUCGAAUUAAACCACAUAUUGCAUUACAAAACUGUUUCUUCAGAAGGACUGCAGAUGAGGCCACUAAUACAACUCCAGUUUCACCGACUACGUCACCACCGGCCAGUGGAUCAAGAAUGCCGGGAUCGUAUGGCCAGGCGACAUCGAGUUCUGGUGUAUAUACAGGAGAUAGUAAUGCUACCACAAGUGAAGGGCCUAGUCGAGGCUCAGCUAUGGACUGUGAUAGUCCCUCAACAAGGGCAAAUGCUACAUGGAGCAAUAGCAUUGUCGGUUCCCAAACAAUGGACACUCCUAGUGGUAAUGUGGCCAGGACUAAAACGGCAAAUCGUAGCAAUGAAUCGUCAACGACAACAAAUUCUAAAGGUGCACAUCAGACAAGGAAUAAAACGAAACAAAUGUCAAAAUAUGUGAACGAUAACACACAAAGUUCUAUGUCAGUGGAUCAAGCAAGUGCUGAACAAGCUCCAACAAGGACGUCUCAUGAAGCAUCUUCCUCACAUACGAGGAUGACAUACACGGAGUCAGUCACAAAUCAGAAAAACCAUCGAUUGAAACACGAUGUUAGUAGAAAUGAGUCUCCCAUGGUUGAUGUCUGUGUACAGCCUAGUACUGUGGCUAGCACCUGAAUACACGAAUCGCGAAAUUCAGCUACCGGUCUGGGUCAAAUGUCAUUCGGACCGAAUACGAGCAUAAAGUCACUUUCUCGAUAGUGUUUAUAUAGGAGCGCUCUAUAUCUGGUAUAUUGUCUGGUUUUUCGGCCAGAGUGAAUAUUUUUCGAAAUAUCAGCUAUUGCAUCAUUUACGAAAGAUAUGAGAAGCUAUUUCAAAUCAAUCUGAGGUACGCUUUCAGGACUUUAUCCAAGCACUUCUACUGACCCCCGUGACGCACGAAUUAAAAACUCAAUCCAACAUUGAGUUUUGACCUCCGUUUAUCGGAGGUCAGUUGGUGCUUGGAUAAAGCCCUCAUGGCUUUAGUUUUUUCUUGAUAUAUCUGGAAAUAGAGUGGCGUCAUGGCAUUUCAUUUAUAGAAAUGUGUUGACACCACUUUGAUUCAAGGCAACAAUAUCAACACAUUUCUGUAAAUCAAGUGCUGUGAUGCCACGGCUAUUCAAGAUAUAUUAAGAAAAGCUUACUUCAGAAUUUCUCAAUUAGCUUCUCAUGUAUUUCUUAACGAUGCAAUGGCUGAUAUUUCUAAAAAUAUUCACUAUGGCCUAAAAAAACUCACAAUAUACUAGUUUAGAUAUAUAGCGCGCUCCUAUAUAUAUAUAUAUA